CCCCCUGUGGCGCCGUGCAGAACUCCAACGCACCGAGGUGUGGAGACGUCAUCAGUCCGCGCCGCACAGGGGAAACGUGGGUAGGAGAGCGAACCUUUGGAAAGGAGAGGAGAAAAGAAGAGUCCUCUCAAGAAUCUGUGUGAACAUGGCAACGCUUCAAGAGCCAGAGGUCCAGCUCGCACAACGACUAGCCUCAAAUGAGAAGCCUAUCCGGACCAAGGCUUUGAAGAAACUGCGAAAGUACAUCAGUAUCCGCUCUCACAGCGACACAGGUGGAUUCUCAGGCGAUGAGCUGCUCAAACUGUGGAAGGGUCUGUUCUACUGUCUGUGGAUGCAGGACAAACCACUGCUGCAGGAGGAGCUGUCAAACCAGAUCUCCGCCCUGAUCCACAGCUUCCACCACAUCGAUGGACAGCUGUUGUACUUGGAGAGCUUCCUGCAGACGUUGAAGAGGGAGUGGACAGGUAUCGACAGGCUGCGGAUGGACAAGUUCUUCCAGCUGGUUCGCUUCAUGUUCAGACAAACCUUUGAGAUGCUGAAGAGGAAAAACUGGGAGAGCAGUGCGGUCGGCAGGUUCCUGGAGUUGCUGACAGCACAGCUCCUGCAGAGCAGCAGCGGGGCCCCCUGUGGCCUGCAGUUCCACAUCCUGGACCUGUAUCUGAGCGAGCUGGCAGCAGUGGGCGCAGCAGAGCUCACUGCUGACCAGAACUUGAUUUUCAUUGAGCCAUUCUGCAAAACAUCAGCCAAAACCAAAGACCGGGCUCUGUUCGGGGCCAUCUGCAACAGCAUCCUCUGCACUAUCAUCGACCAGGCCCCCUUUGCUAUCGACGAUUUGAUGAAGGAGGUGAAGGCAGCGGAGGACUCAGACUCAGGACAGGCUUCAGAAGAAGACGACGGUGACGAGCAGCCGAAAGAGAGGAAGAGCAAAGCUGUCUGUGAGAUAGGGAGGAAGCAGAUCAACGGCAAUAAAUCAAAUGAAGAAGAGGAUGAUAAUGAUGAUGAUGAUGAUGAUGAUGAUGAUGAUGAUGAUGAUGAUGAUGAUGAUGAUGAUGAGCUUCUUCACCUGGAGGAGGAUUCUGAAACAGAAGAGCCAUGUGAUGAAGUGGUCGGCCCAGUGCUACAGUUUGCCUACACGGCCCUUGCAGACAAGCUGUUUGGGUUGGCCAGUCGCAGCAGCACCCCCAGCCAGAACAGACAGAGGCUGUACAAAAUCAUCAGAGUCCUGCGUGACCUGCAUGAAGGCAUCUUCCCUCAGGAUGAGUAUCCAGAUGAGGUCUCCACAGAUGAGGAUGAUGACAUGUUCGGUACCAGGAAGAGAAUGAAGAGAGGACAAAGCCGUGUGGAGGAUGAGGACGAGGGUGUGCCAGCAGCCAAGAAAACUAAAGGAAAGAAAAAGGCGGCCUCCAAACUCAACAAGCAAAGCAAGGAGGAGUCAGGGAAAGAAGAUAAGAAGCCAGCUGACCUUGAUGCAAGUAAUGAAAACAAAAAGAAGAAGAAGAAGAGGAGGAAGAAGAAAAAGAAAGUGGGACAGGGAGGAAGUGCAGGUGGAGAGGGAGAUGCAGACAUGCCUGAACACUCAGUGGCUCCAGCUGAAGGAGAAGAGACUGCAGUAGGGCCGCAGUGUGCACCAACACCACACUUAGAAGAGGCAGCACAGACGCAAGACACUGUGCUCCUUACUGAAGAAAACAAACAGCCUACUAUCACAGCCGUAAGCAGCCUUCCAGCUCCCUGCACCUCUGACAACAAGGACAGCUCUGAAACGCUUGCACAGAAGAAAGAGGUGGAGACUUGUGAUGUCAGAGCCAACGUGACGGUGGCCGAGGAGCAGCAAACUCCUGUUGUAACAGAGAGUUCCUCUGAAGGCCCUGCAACUGUCUCUGGGAAGAAGAAAAAGAAGAAGAAGAGUCUAAAAGCAAAGUUACCAACUGAUGAGAUCGCUGAUGAAUCCCUGGACACCGCUGAGGCAGAGAUCACACCAGUAACUAGUGAGGAGUCUGCUGAAAUAAAUGAAACGACGACAUCUGACACUGAGGGUAAUGCUGUGAGCACAGGUGCAGAUCUCCCAGCAGACUGUCAGCCUUCAAGCCAAGAGGGCCCGACUACUUCAGUCGAGAAGCCAACUGAUUCUACAACCCAGAUUAACAAGAAGAGUACGAAAAAGAACCACAAGGCUGUUGAAGUACCAGAUGUUGAGACUGAGGCACAUUUGGAGGUAGAGGAAAAACACUCUGAAGUUUCACAAGAUGCCUCCGCACAGCAGCUUAAAAAAAAUAAAAAUGCCAACCAAGUGGACACAGUUUCACCUGCUGCAGCUGAAAGCACUGUAAAACCGCUGAAAAAGACUCCAAAGGAACCUCAGACUUCAGAGGAAAAGGAUGCAGCGGAGGGAAACCCUCAGGCUAAAGAUGCUGAGUUUAAGAUCACCAUGACAACACCAGCAAAGAAGAAAAAUAAGUUGGCAGCAGCCAAGAUGGAUGAGCAGGAUGAAACCCAUUUACAGGUGGAUGGCUGUGUCAAUGAGCUCCUACUGGAAGGAACUGGAGCUGUGUCUUCCUCUGUGAAAGGUGUGAAGAAGAAGAGAAAGAUCCCAGUGACGUUUGAGUACGAGGCCGAUGAACUGGAGGCUGCAUCCACCAAUGGCCUGGCAGAGAAACCAACUGUCGCCAAGAAGCCCAAAGCAGGCACUGAUUUUGCUAAGCCAUCCAUAUCUAAAAAGUCACAAAAGAAGGCAAAGACUUCCUCAGGCUCUGCGUCUGACCUAAUCACCUUCCAGAUGAACGCUGCAGCCCCCCCGGCUCUGUUCUGCAGCAAGCCGCUGUCCGGCAAGAAGAAGAUCCAAACUCCCCUGUCAGAAUCAAAGAAGGUGACGUUCGGCCUCAAGAAUAACAAGACAGCUGAGUUCAAGAAGACGGACCGCAGCCUGCUGCUGAGUCCAGACGGGUCAUCAAGAGUGCCCUUUGACCCAAAGCAGAAACCCAAGUUUGGGGUCUUAAAGUCUCCGCCCACAGCACUCUCUGCCAGAAAGACCCCGAAGGCCAACAGGAAGAGCGGCCACAAUACUCCAAAGGAGACUGCUAAACGCCGGCCUUCAGCAGCAGACUUCUUCUAACCCCCCCCUUACAGACUGUAGAUACAGGCUCUCUGUGAACUGACCAGACUGACUUCACUUUUGAUAUAUAUUUAGAAGUAUUUCUGUGUUUCUAUCAGUGUUGCUUUUGCCUCUUUAAGGGGUUGAACGUUUUAAUAAAUGUUAAGCUCACGC